AUGUCCACCGACGACAUCCCGCCGUCCUCCGACAUUGACGCCAUCAUCCUCCGGUUCCUGCGCCACUUCAGGGACCCGCGCGACACCAGCCGUGUCGACCCGGUAAUGGCCACCGCAUCCUCGAGGUGGCAGCGAAGCGGGCAGCGAUUGGGGCGGAGGCCAGACUGCCAGGAGAGCUCGCUGCCGAAUCGGAUCGGAAUCGAGGCUGACUCGGGGCCAGACUGCCAGGAGAGUUUGCUGCCGAACCGGAUCGGAAUCGAGGCCGACUCGGAUAGGAAUCGAGAUAAUGAGAAGACUGAUGCAUCUGCCAAGAAAAGCAAGAAAAAGAAGUCCAAGACCGAGGCUGAUGGUGAUGCAAUGGACCUGGAUAAGCCCUCCAAUGCUGCUGAUGGCGAAGCUGAGCCUGGAACCGAGAAGAAGAAGAAGAAAAAGAAGCAUAAGCUAGAGGAGGAGACCCAGGAGCAGGAGAAUGGCGCUUCCAAUGGUGAUGCUGAGGUUAACGAAACUCCCAAGAAGAAGAAGAAGAAGAAGAAGAAGAGCCGUGAAGUUUUAGAGGAAGCUGAACCUAAGACAGCCACUGAAGGGAAGAAGAAAAAGAAGAAGAAGUCCAAGGCCGAGGAUGAUGAGUAG